UUCUAACGUGUURAAUUGUGAAGGGUGCCAAAUAAAUUCCCCCUUCCCUCUCAAGAGUCACAUGGCUCACAUGAUUUGCGCGACUACACGGAAACGCGCUGUACACUCUUCUUUAUUGAGUUAACUUUUUUACUGUUCAUUGAUAAUGCGGGAUUGGUUUACAAUAUGUUGUCAUAUCUUUUGUAUUUUGACAGCGGGGGAGCCAUUAACCCCGCAGUUCUACACAAAGAACAGCCUGGAAACGUUUUUGAGACGGCAUUAACGUUUUUGUUUUAGUUUACGUUCUUAGUGAUGAUUCAGCAUCACUGGAGAUGUGCCCCAGCACAACAUGGCGCAUUUUAUCAUGUUGAGUAGCGUUCUCUGAUUGGAUGGAUAUAUUUAGUUAGGGGAAUCCCCAAUUACGCUGUCCAUCUGGGUAAUUCCGACAUGGAAUUUAUAAAAUACCGCUAUAGUAUAACACUAUCACAAUAUCAUGGUGAGCUCUGGUCAUUUGUAACUAUGAAUCCAGCUAAAGCUGCACAAGAUAGCGUUCAUCCUUCAAUGAAUUCUGCACAAAGAGGUCACAAAUUCGAUCAAAGGGAGAAAUCAAAAGACGACGAGCACGCGGUGAAAGACAAGUCUCAAAGCAAAGUCCAGUGUACUAUUGCAAGUUUCGCCAGGUUGUACGUCUUCUCAAUUGUGUUCAUCGUACAAGUUCCUGCAUUGGCUGGUGUUAUAUGUUCCAACCCUAAUGACAUCAGACUAAGGAACCCAAAAACUGCAAGUAUUGAAGGAUGUAUAGUUUGUCCAGAGUGUGUUCCAUCGCAGCAGUAUUCCAUUCGAUGUGGGUCUACAAUUGAUAUAGGAAAUGUUGGACACUGUGAGGACUGUCCAGAAGGAACAUUUUCAGACAAGUUUGACAAAAAGCCAUGUCAAAGCUGUACAAUAUGUACGAACAAAGUGUAUAAACAGAAUUGUACAAAGUAUCAGAAUGCUAAAUGUGGAGAUUGUUUACCAGGUUAUAYAUAUGACCCAAUUACAUUUGCUUGUUCUCAAAUUGCUAUAAAAGUGACAGACAUGGUAAAACUAARAAACAAAGUAAAAUUAACAACAACAGUUGAACCAACAACCAAAGCAAAUGAAUCUACAACAAAARCUYCAGYAACCCWUAUCACUGCAUCAUCAACAGAAAMUUCUGUCUCAAAAGAACCACCUCCAAGACCCAAGUUCAUCAUUACCAAUAGUACAACACAAUUUGUAAAUCAAACAACCAGAAAUGAUUUACAGCCAAUGAAAGGUCUACCUAAAUGGGCUAUUGCUCUGAUUCUUUCAAGUGGGAUAAUAUUUGUAACCUUAAGUGUUGGUAUUGGGUUCUACUUAUUUUUUAUCAAGAAAAGAACAAAAAGUUCAAGAGGAAGUGAUGAAGAAGCAAUAGCUGAACUUCUUGGAAUUACGUCAAAGACCCAUGAUGAACAACUCUUAAAAGAUUUUAUUGACAAUAAUUUUGAUCAAACUGAAAGUCUUUGUAAAGUACUCUUCAAGAAACGCCAUGGAACAUGGGACUUUGAGAGAGUUGGCAAAAAGUGGUUUCGCCAUAUUGGAGACACAGAUUUAGCAUACAUUAUUGAGUUUGGAAGCAAUAUUGAAAAUUCAACUCCAGUGAGAACAAUCCUUCAAAAGCUUUGUACAGAAGUACAUCCCCCCUUAACUGUGCGAAUGUUUGCUGAUUCACUUAAGAAAAUCAACAAAAAAGCCUACAGAAUUCUACAGCCAUAUUUUAAAAAACCAACAUUGCCUGUUCAUACCACAGCCAGAUGAUAUUURUGUCAUUCGGCAUGGGAAUGACGCAGAAUYUAGUCUGAUGUAUUAGACUUAAAUAAAACUAGUGGAAGGAUUACAAGAUUAAAGUAUCUUUGAAAAAAAGACAAAGGAAAGAAAUUAAACAUGACAUUUUACUAUCCAGUGUGUGUACC